GGAGGCGGAAUAAGAGACCCCGCUCGUCCCCUCAAGAUCCUUGAGGACACCUCGCUCUCCCAAACGAUUCCCACCCGCAUUUUAUGCUUCCCCAUAAACCUCCCCGCCUCUUCUCUCCGGUAGGAGCUGCUCUCCUCGGCUGCCUCCAAAUACCUCCAGGCUCCAAAAAUAAAUUUCAUUUCCCCUAACUUCCUCCUCCUUUCGUCCCCGAUCCCUUGCAUGGGCUUCUGCUUUUCCUCCUUCCGAGAUCCAGGGAUCCUUCGCCCCCCUGCGGAUUUGUUCCAGCUCUCUCGCUCUUUUCCAGCCAUCCCAGUACUGCUUUCCCAGUAUCCCGCUUUCAUUCAUUCAUCCAUCCAUCCUGCAAACUCCCAAACAUGCCGGCGGAUUCUUCGUUGGCUCUUCCGCAGCGCGAGAUCUCCUAGCCCGAUCGCCGCCUUCCUUUUUCGCUCCUCCCGGCCAGAUCUUCGCCAUCCUCCCGCCCCCGGGCCCCACUUUUCCCUCCCACUGCCCGGGCGGGAAAGGGGAGGGAUCCACCGCUGCCCUCCGGGGGGGAAUAGAGGAAAGCGGCUCUUUAAAAGCGGGGCGGCGCCGGCGCCUGGGAUCCACUCGCCUGCUCGAUCCCUGCCUGGCCGCAUCCGCUCCUGCUCCGUCCAGCUGCGGCACAGCCUCCUUCGCUUCCUGCCCAUCCAAGGCACCGGGACCGCGGAUCGCUAACAAUCAUGUUUGAAAUUAAGAAAAUCUGCUGCAUUGGUGCUGGUUAUGUAGGUGGACCAACGUGUUCUGUCAUUGCACAUAUGUGUCCGAAAAUUAAGGUCACUGUUGUUGAUGUAAAUGAAGCUAGAAUCACUGCAUGGAAUUCCGAUACACUUCCAAUUUAUGAGCCAGGGCUAAAAGAAGUGGUAGAAUCCUGCAGAGGAAAGAAUCUCUUUUUUUCUACCAGCAUUGAUGAUGCCAUCAGAGAUGCUGAUCUUGUGUUUAUUUCUGUUAAUACCCCAACAAAGACCUAUGGAAUGGGAAAAGGUAGGGCAGCAGAUCUGAAAUACAUUGAGGCAUGUGCGAGACGGAUUGUGCAGAACUCAAACGGAUACAAAAUUGUGACUGAGAAAAGCACCGUCCCUGUCCGUGCUGCGGAGAGCAUUCGUCGUAUAUUUGAUGCCAACACGAAACCCGACUUAAAUUUGCAGGUUCUGUCUAACCCAGAAUUCCUAGCUGAAGGCACAGCAAUCAAAGACCUGAAGAAUCCAGACCGUGUGCUGAUUGGUGGAGAUGAGACGCCUGAGGGUCAGAAAGCAGUUCGCGCUCUGUGUGCUGUCUACGAGCAGUGGGUGCCCAAAGAGAAAAUCCUUACAACCAACACUUGGUCAUCUGAACUUUCCAAACUGGCAGCUAAUGCUUUCCUCGCCCAGAGAAUCAGCAGUAUCAACUCCAUAAGUGCUCUUUGCGAGGCAACAGGUGCAGACGUUGAAGAAGUUGCAAGAGCCAUUGGAAUGGACCAAAGGAUUGGAAGCAAAUUUCUGAAAGCCAGUGUUGGAUUUGGUGGGAGCUGUUUUCAAAAAGAUGUUCUGAAUUUGGUUUAUCUCUGUGAGGCUCUGAACUUGUCAGAAGUCGCUCGUUACUGGCAACAGGUGAUCGACAUGAACGACUAUCAGAGGAGAAGAUUUGCUUCUCGGAUCAUUGACAGCUUAUUUAACACUGUCACCGACAAGAAGAUUGCUAUUUUGGGAUUUGCGUUCAAGAAAGACACCGGAGACACGAGAGAGUCCUCCAGCAUCUACAUCAGCAAGUAUUUAAUGGAUGAAGGAGCGAAACUUCAUAUCUACGACCCUAAAGUGCUAAAGGAACAAAUCAUUCUAGAUCUUUCUCAUCCAGGUGUAUCUGAGGAUGAUCAAGUGUCUCGACUGGUCACCAUUAGCAAAGACCCAUAUGAAGCCUGUGAUGGAGCCCAUGCCCUAGUUAUCUGCACCGAGUGGGACAUGUUUAAGGAGCUGGAUUACGAGCGAAUUCACAAAAAGAUGUUGAAGCCAGCGUUCAUCUUUGAUGGCAGAAGAGUCCUUGAUGACCUUCAUAAUGAAUUGCAGGGCAUUGGCUUCCAGAUUGAGACAAUUGGGAAGAAGGUGUCGGCAAAAAGGAUUCCGUUUGCUUCUUCAUGUGACAUACCAAAGUUUAGCUUGCAAGAUCCUCCUCUCAAGAAGCCAAGGGUAUAGGUUUCAAUUGUCACAGAAGGGCUCUUCCCAUGGGAGCUGUAAACCAGCAUGAAUUAAAACAAAAAACGGGGGGAAAUGGGACACAAUGGAGCCAAAGUUAAGUGCUUGUCCUUUUGAUAUCAAUGGGACAGGUAAUCAUGUCCUCAAAUAUUUCCUUUUGAGAUCAACAGGACUAAGAAGUACUUAACUCUGACUGAAUCAUGCUGAAUAUUUUCUCAUAAUGAAGACAUUUUUUUCAAUAAUAGCAUUGUAGCUGGGACAUUUCAAUCCAGAAUCUGUUUUAUAAUCUCUAUUUUUAUAAUACUGGAACUUUUGUCAUUGAAGUGAAAAACUGUACAGUCAUAGAUGAUUUUAGUAAUUUUUAUAUAUAUAAAAACUCAGCUUCAACCUUCCAAGACUUCCUACUCUGUGAGGUUUACAAACUGCACUUUAAAAUGUUAUGAUGUAUGUUGCAAUCCAAAAGAAAAAAGGGAUUUUCCCAUCUUGUUUGAUACGCUAAUCUGUACUAUGCCAUGCAACAUUGUUCAUUUUAAUUUGACUCUAGGCAGGUGUGGGCAGCUUGCUCAAGGAUAGCUUUUCUUUUUACCAUAAUAUGUGAACCACGGGGCUCAAUGGAAGGUCUUUUGCUCCCAUGAAACACCACAUCUUCCUAUUUUGGUGUUGGGAUGGCUGCAGAGAUGGGUUUUCGGGAUCAGAAGGUAGCCUGAGGUCAAUACAUUCCUUGUGGUAACGUUAUAAUAAAAUCAAUGAUUGAUUAUAUGUUA